UGCUACAGACCUGUUUCCUCUUCUCUAGACAAACGCCUACUUCCUCCUUCUGUUAACCUCUCUCUCUUUUGCUUUUUUCUGUCUCUGUGCCCAAGGAGAGGCACUGUGAAGUUUAGUUUGAAACCCUUGUUCUUGUGACUGCUGAACCUCGAAGGAUGCUUAUUGUAUUUGUGGCUAGCUAGUGUUAGUGGAGAUUUUGCUUAGUUUUGUUGUGGAUUUGAAAGAAGACUUGUUGGAAGACGUGUUGGACCCGCGGGUUGAACUCGCUACCUGCUUGUCGUCAAGGUUUCCGGGUUUGGAUGAGAGCUCCUCAGUGAGACAGUGAGGCACCUCCAUACCUCUCCACCGCCAUCAUGCCACCGCCCUCCGACAUCGUCAAGGUGGCCAUUGAGUGGCCAGGGGCCUUCCCUAAGCUCAUGGAGAUAGACCAGAAAAAGCCCCUCUCAGCCAUUAUCAAAGAAGUGUGCGAAGGAUGGUCUUUGGGGAACCACGAAAACUUUGCUCUGCAAAAUGCUGAUUCCACUAAUUUCUACAUCACAGAAAAGAAUCGCAACGACAUAAAGAAUGGUUCUAUACUGCGACUGACAACAUCUCCUUCUCAGAUGGCGGGCCAGCUCCACGAGAGGAUCCAGUCAUCUAGUAUGGAUGCCAAGCUAGAGGCCCUAAAGGACCUGGCCAACUCUUCCAGAGACGUCACCUUCGCCCAGGAGUUCAUCAACCUGGACGGCAUCUCACUGCUCACACAGAUGGUGGAGAGCGGUACAGAACGCUAUCAGAAACUACAGAAGAUAAUGAAGCCAUGUUUUGGCGACUUAUUGUCGUUCACGCUGACGGCGUUUGUGGAGCUCAUGGACCACGGCAUCGUCUCCUGGGAUACCUUCUCUGUUGCCUUCAUCAAGAAGAUUGCAGGUUAUGUGAACAAGUCAGCCAUGGACAUGGCUGUGCUGCAGCGGUCUCUGGCCAUCCUGGAGUCCAUGGUGCUCAACAGUCAGGACCUCUACCAGAAGGUGGCGCAAGAGAUCACAAUCGGACAGCUUAUACCCCAUCUGCAGGGGACUGAUCAGGACAUUCAGACAUACACCAUCGCUGUGAUUAACGCCUUGUUCCUCAAGGCCCCGGAAGACAAGAGACAGUUUGAUGAGAGCAGUGUGAACAUCCUUGAUUGUCCUCUGACAGAGAUGGCCCACAUUCUAGCCCAGAAGCAGCUGCGUUCCAUCAUACUAAGUAACGUGAUCCGGAGCCCUAAGCCAAUCAAUGAUGAGAUGGCCCACCAGCUGUACGUGCUGCAGGUUCUGACCUUUAACCUCUUAGAGGACCGCAUGAUGACCAAGAUGGACCCUCAGGACCAGGCCCAAAGAGACAUCAUCUUUGAGCUGCGCAGGAUUGCGUUCGACGUGGAAUGUGAGCCGAACAACAGUGGCAGCAUCGAGAAGAGGAAGUCCAUGUACACCCGUGACUACAAGAAACUAGGUUUCAUUAACCAUGUGAACCCUGCUAUGGACUUCACUCAGAUUCCUCCUGGGAUGCUGGCUCUGGAUAACAUGCUGUACUUCGCCAGACACCACCAGGAUGCCUACAUCAGGAUUGUUCUGGAGAACAGCAGUCGUGAGGACAAGCACGAGUGUCCGUUCGGCCGCAGCAGCAUCGAGCUGACCAAGAUGCUGUGUGAAAUCCUCAAAGUGGGAGAGCUGCCCAGUGAGAACUGUCAUGAUUUCCACCCCAUGUUCUUCACCCACGACCGCUCCUUUGAAGAGUUCUUCUGCAUCUGCAUCCAGCUGCUCAACAAGACCUGGAAGGAGAUGAGGGCCACCAGCGAAGACUUCAACAAGGUGAUGCAGGUGGUAAGAGAGCAGAUCAUGCGAGCGCUGACACAGAAGCCUAAUUCCCUGGACCAGUUGAAGAGUCGCCUGCAGAACCUGAGUUAUACUGAGAUCCUGAAGAUACGCCAGUCUGAGAGGAUGAACCAAGAAGACUUCCAGUCGCGCCCCAUCCUGGAGCUGCGGGAGAAGAUCCAGCCAGAGAUCAUGGAGCUGAUCAAACAACAGAGGCUCAACCGUUUGUGUGACGGAACCUGUUUCAGGAAGAUCAGCAGCCGCCGGAGGCAAGAUAAGUUCUGGUACUGUCGACUGUCUCCGAACCAUAAAGUCCUGCACUACGGAGAUCUGGAGGAGAGCCCUCAGGGAGAGGUGCCCCAUGACUCUCUACAGGAAAAAUUACCCGUGGCCGAUAUCAAAGCGGUGGUCACUGGUAAGGACUGUCCUCACAUGAAGGAGAAGGGAUCUCUGAAGCAGAACAAGGAGGUUCAGGAGCUGGCCUUCUCCGUCCUCUAUGAGUCAGACGAGUAUUUAAACUUCAUCGCUCCGGACAAGCAUGAGUACUGUGUGUGGACGGACGGUCUGAACGCCCUCCUGGGGAAGGAGAUGACCAGUGACUUCACCAAGUCAGACAUGGACACCCUGCUCUCCAUGGAGAUGAAGCUCCGCCUCCUCGACCUGGAGAACAUCCAGAUCCCAGAGGCCCCUCCCCCCAUUCCCAAAGAACCUAGCAACUAUGACUUUGUUUAUGACUGCAACUAACUAACCAACCAUUCAAAAUAACUUAGCUACUGGACUGGACCAACCAAUUCUCUUUUUUCUAAAACGGCAACUGGAAAAAAUGAAAAAUAAAACAAUUACGAUGAAAUGAUGAGUGACAGAAAAAGGAUUCUGUUGAACAAUUUUCCUUCCUUCUUGCUAAACUUCCUUUUUUAAUUAAAGGGUGUGUUUUAAUAGGUUUGCAGCACUUAAUUACUUUUUGCGGCCCACUGACUGAACCAUCCCAUCACCAUGGAGACCAAACCAGGAAGCAUCCAUAUGGGUGCUUUGGGUCCUAAACCAGACAUGUUCUUCUAAUGGGCUCAAUGGUCUCUAAACGUUGUUGUUUGGUUGUCACUCUCCAAGAUGUCGUCACAGUGUUCUUCUCACCUUAAAACCUGCACACUCUUCACUCCUUCACUGAAGCAUAUGUCAUUUGCUUGGAGUUUGUUGUAGAAAAGCUCUUUGAUAAACGCUUGGUUGUUUUGUUGACUUUCGACAGGCCGUUGGAUAUGAGGAGAUGGCUCAUUUCAUAAAGAGACUGUAAAGAGGUCUUGAGGGACGUUAAGUUUUUAUCUCUCCAACAGUCUGGGUGUGUCCAAAAUGGCACCCUAUUCUCUAUAUAGUGCACUACUUUUGACCAGGAUUAAAAGUACUGCACUAUACAGGGAAUAAAGUAGUGUACUAUGUAGGGAAUCGGGUGUUAUUUGAGACACAGUAUCUGUUUUACAUUUACGUGGCAGGUAAUGUUUCUGAGAGGAAGAAAGGAUCAAGUGUAUUUAAGAUGAUGAAGUGUAUAUUUAGAGUUUUUCUCCCAGGUAUCUUACUCCAUACUUCACAUACUGUCUCUAGACUGUUACAAUAAGUGUGUUGUUCUAAAACCUGGCACUGUAAUACAAAACAGGAAACUGCCUCUGAAGUUCCUGAAGCCUUCUAUCCCCAUAUCACGGCUGCUUUGAGCAUACUGUGUACUCACACACUGGCUUAGCCCAAACAAACACACAACUUUAAUAGCUACAUGCUUAUUGAGAUGUACACCUGUCUCUUUCCUCCAUCUUGAUACCGUUCGAUCAGGCUCGAUUGCGACUGCUGUAACAUUCCGAAGCAAUAUUGAGCAGAAAAAAUAAAAAAAUAAAGGUCUUUGUUAUGCUGAUGGUGUAAUGUAGUGAUAUUUGUGCUGCUGCCAAGUAGACAGUAUUGGGGCUGUUUGUGUUUUUAAUAAAGGGAACUUGUUUUGUUUUCAAGAUCUAUGUGGCCGUCAGAAUUUGGAGGUUCAUGUACAUUUUAUUUAAAAGCGAAUCAUGAGUGGACAUUUCUAAUAUGAUUUAUUAUUUAAUACCUUCAGAUGUUCGUAUCUAGGUCUGAAAGCCCCUCAACCUGCUGUUUACAUUAAAGAUUUAAGGAAACUGA